GGUUCAUUGACGUGGUGUUGGGCUAGUUUAGCUACAUCAGUACAUAUGUCCACUUUUUAUUAUUUUUACUGUUGGAAUGUGAGGUGAAAUACUAGAUAUUUCACAUAUAUUACGUGGGAGCAGUUAUGGCUAAAGAAGAACCGCCUCACUGGUCGGAUAUUUUGAAAAGGAGGAUAACGAACUUCAAAAAAGAUGAGAGAAGCGAAGAGGAAAAGAAAGCAGAGGAGACGAACCUUUUCACAAAGUAUUACACAGAGUGGAAGGGAGGCAAAGACGGAGACGAGUCCUACAAGAGCAUCCCACGGUUCUACUACAGGCUACCAGCAGAGGAUGAAGUGUUACUUCAGAAGUUGAGAGAGGAAUCCAGAGCUGUUUUCCUCCAGAGGAAGAGCAGAGAACUGCUUGAUAAUGAGGAACUGCAGAAUCUGUGGUUCCUGCUCGAUAAGCACCAGGUUCCUCCACUGAGUGGAGAUGAAGCCAUGAUCAGCUAUGAAGCGUACCUGCAGGUGGGGGACAAGGCUGGGCCCAAGUGCAACAAAUUUUUUACAGCUAGAGUUUACGCCAAGCUGCUCCACAACGACCCUUACGGCAGAAUCUCCAUCAUGCAGUUCUUUAACUAUGUCAUGAGGAAAGUGUGGCUGCAUCAGACCCGGAUAGGCCUGAGUCUGUAUGACGUGGCAGGGCAGGGCUACCUUAGAGAGUCGGAUUUGGAGAACUACAUCCUGGAGCUCAUUCCCACUCUGCCUCAGCUUGACGGACUGGAGAAGUCCUUCUACUCUUUCUACGUCUGCACUGCUGUUCGCAAGUUCUUUUUCUUCCUUGACCCACUUCGAACUGGAAAGAUUAAAAUCCAGGAUAUAUUGGCUUGCAGUUUUCUGGAUGAUUUAUUGGAGCUGAGAGAUGAGGAGUUAUCUAAGGAGAGUCAGGAGUCCAACUGGUUCUCGGCACCAUCAGCUCUCAGAGUCUAUGGUCAGUACCUCAACCUGGAUAAGGACCAUAACGGCAUGUUGAGCAAAGAGGAGCUUUCACGCUACGGCACAGCGACUCUCACUCCAGUCUUCCUGGACAGAGUGUUUCAGGAGUAUCUCACCUACGAUGGAGAAAUGGACUAUAAGACCUACCUAGACUUUGUAUUGGCCUUGGAAAACAGGAAGGAGCCUGCAGCACUGCAGUACAUCUUUAAACUUCUGGAUAUGGAGAAUCAAGGAUACCUGAAUGUCUUCUCUCUCAACUACUUCUUCAGGGCCAUUCAGGAGCAGAUGAAGCUGCACGGUCAGGAGCCUGUCACCUUCCAGGAUGUCAAGGAUGAGAUUUUUGACAUGGUGAAGCCUAAGGACCCAUAUAAAAUCACUCUGCAAGAUUUGGUAAACAGUUGCCAGGGCGACACCGUCAGUAGCAUCCUGAUCGACCUGAACGGCUUCUGGACGUAUGAGAACAGGGAAGUGUUGGUCACUAACGACACUGACAGCAGUAACACAGCUGAUCUCGAUGACUCCUGACAGUCUUUGAUGAGCUCGACUGGUUCCACUCCCAACAACAAAAUAAGGCAAGGACAUUUAACCUUUACCCACUGACUCAGGUCUUACUGGUUACACAGAAACUAAAUAACAUGAGGUGGAGGUGGAGGAAGGAAGGAGAGUGAGACUGAGUUUUCUGUAAAUAUUGCUCUGUGUUCCAGUUUGUUUUCCUCUAAAAUCUACCUAAUAUAUUUUUUUGUCUUUUCAAAAUAAAUGUUGACAGUGCUUUAACAUUAUAUUCUUCCUUGUACUGUUAGUAGCAAGAGCUUUUACUUAAGCUGUGGCUCGCAUGACAGUGCUAUGUGGCACUUUACUACUGACUGAACUGUGAACCAUACGAGGGACAAUGUCUUUUAACAAUGUAUCUCAAUUCUCAUCAGUUAGUGAAUGGAAAUUAGAUUUUCAAGAUUGGAACAUUAUUGUAUAUGAUGGAAUUUAAUUUUGGAGGUAAACUGAACUACAGAUAAGUAGAACAUCCCUGCAGCCUUUUUAAGCAUAAGGUAUGUUUAAUUCAUGGUGCUGAUUUGAACAGAAGUGGUUUGGAAGUUCAAUGGUACAACAACAAAGACUUAAGUUAUUUAAAACUUUAAACAAAUAAAAAGGACAAGAUGAGUAAAGAUGGUACUUUUUGUAAAAAUAAGUGACCAAAUCAGCAUUUUGAAUGUUUAAAGGUUUUAUUAACACACAAAAUAUACAUAUGUAUGUACAGAUUCAUGAAGAGUUUGUGUUAAAAUAAUCUCUGCACACAUUGGCCUUUGGUUUAACAAAAAACAACACAUCAACCCUUUACUGCAGUAAAAGACAUUUAUCCACACUACCAACACAUUAAGAUACAUUUUUGUUAUAUAUAUAUAUAAAUGAUUAAAUAUGUUACCAUUUCAGUUGGGGGGGAUGGGGUUACAUCUAAAUAAUAUAACCCUCUUUGAAACAGAACUCUGUAACAUUGUUGACGAGAAAACACGCUGUCGGUGUGGCACUAAUGCUCAAAGCCAUAAUGAGAUCUAUGGCCCAACCCCACACCACACAGUGGAUAAAAAUAAUUCAUAAGAAGCUUCUGGCACCUCAGGCAAGGAGACUUAAGAGAACGACACUCGACAUACAGUAUGUGUGAAAGUGGAUAAUCACCUACAGUAUGAACAGGAGCAGCAGUGGAUUUUCAAAGACUUGGGCAGAACUUAUUACUGUUGGUGAAUCUACACUUGACAUGACACAGUGAUCCAGAGCAUACUCUGUGUGUAUUGGACUUUUUUCCAUUCACAGUAACAAGAAAAUCCAGAUUUCACAUGUGUCCAGUUCAAACAGCACGAAGGUGAAGACACUUUUUAAUGGAAGGAGACUAUGCAGACUAUUCCUUCAUAUUUCUUCAUUACAGACAAAAGUAUAUAGUAGUAACUGGUGGAUGUAAAAAUUAGUUUUGGCAACUGAUAUCAUCAUUACCUAGC